AUGGUUAAAAUAAAAAAGAAAUCAUCAUUAAGAGAUAAAUCACAACGCAAGUCCCAACUUGCCAGUAAGAUAUUAGAAUUCAAAGAAUCGCAACAAUCAGGCGAAUCAGACUAUCAUGAAAACCCAUUGCUCAAGAUAGCCAGAACUACAAAGAAACAGAAACAACAGGAGAAAAGUGACAAAUUCAUCAACAAAUUGGUAAACAAAGUCACAUUCAACACUAGUGGAAGCAUAAGUAAGUCUUCAUUGCGUAGACAAAAGAGAAAAGAGAAAGAGCAAUUGAAACCUAAAAUGGAUGAAUUAUUGCUGAGUUUACCUGUUGGGGAAGACAUAAAACCUAAACUGACUAAAUUGGUGAAAGCUUCGACCAAUGAGUUUGUUGACCUUAAAAAGAGUAACUCCAAUAGACCCAAUCCUACAAAAACAACUGGUCACAAGAAAAUCAUGAUAGAGGAACACAAGAAUUUUGGUAAUGUGUUGAAAAAUCCUGAAUUUAGAAAAUCUCCAUUUGAUGCUUUGAAGAAUGCGAUUAAGCAGAAUAUGAGCUAG